AUGGGUAGCGUGACGACAUACCAGCAGUCGGCCGCGGGCGUUUGCAGUGGCGGGACCUACAAUAGCAUGCACACUGAUUGCCAGCAGCAUUGCUGUGUCUUGACCGAGGCCUGGUUUCAGGGCAGCAGUGGCCAGCGCUCUCAAUGCUGGAAUGCCUUCAAUAACAUUAUCGCCCAGUGUGUACAGGGCAAUGGCCGCAAUGGCGGCCAGUGGAUUUGGAGCUAUCAAGGUGUUACUCAGAACUACUACCUGCAGGCCAACUGGGUUUGUACUAGCGCCGCUGGCAUCCAAUCGCCCAACAACAGCACCGAAGAGCCCCCAUUGACAACGACUGACUAG